UCAAGGAGCCAAUGGGGUUAUCCAUCAUUCUCCUAAAUUUGGUAAUAAAGAUGAGAUUUGUCAGUGUCCUUCGUUUUUAGAAAGCACGGAAUAUGCCGAGUUUACUUCCGACUGGCAACCUACUUAUAAACUUUGA